AUGUCCGACACUAGUGAAGCAAGGUUUUUCAAGUCAAAAUACGACUACAAGAACUUUGAAACAUAUCAACAAAUGUUUCUUCUCGGUCUUCUCAACACUAGGUGCUCUUUCACGCUCAAGAAACAAAGAAAACAAACAACCAUAUCAGAGACCACGCCUUUGUUAAAGACUUUAAACUUUGGCAAUGAAACCAUUGAUUUUAUUCAGUUGACAGACGUUUUGAGCCGACCUCAACUUGAACAAGAAUAUAGAAAAGGAAUUAACAAACAAACUGCGUUCAGAAGAUACGAAAAAAACAAGAGAGUAAUAACUAUUAACACAUUGUAUGACAUCUGUUUAGAAUUGGGGUUCUUCUUUGACUCCAAAUUAGCUCGGAAAUCAAAAAAGACUAAACGGAUCGAUCGAAUACUGUGUGUCUUUUUUAAUGGAACUUUUAUUUUUACUCAAGAAGAGCUCAUUCAAAUGGGAGAUAAGAUAAACAUAUACAUCGUUGAAAAAAUGAAAAAUGGAACAGAAAUAACCAUAGAUAAGAACGAUACCACCAUUUAUCAAAUACUCAGCAACAAACUACCAAGUGCCAUUUCAUUCCAUCUAAACAGAUCUUUACCAUCAAUUUCUCUUCUUUUUCUAAAGUACGUUCCAAGUAAUAAAUAUGAUUGGUAUUACUUUAUACCAAAUAAAAACCUCUUCAACGAAAAGGUUACAGAAACUGAUGAACUAAAAAUUGGUAACUUUAAAGCAACAUUUAAGUGUUGCUUUCGCUUUAAAUUUCCAACUUCAUUAUCAUAA